AUGGUUCUUGGUUUUAUUGCGGUAUAUUCACAAGCUUCUCCAUCAUCUAGUGCUGUUAAAAUGGGUACAACUACGCAAGUCAUGCUAAAUCUUCGUUUGGUUCUUGCGGGUUUCUUUCCAACGGUUAAUUUCAAACAAGCUUUAUUCAAUAUUCGUCUACGUUCAGAUCCAACUUGUAUAUCAGCAAUUAAUGCUAUAAUGAUUACGAAUUAUUCUCCUGAUGAACCAUGGACAUCAAUAAAUGAACCUGGUAUUGGACUUCAAUUAGUGAUAUUUUCUGCUCAAAUCGUAUUUUGGUGGAUUAUAUUAACAUGCAUUGAAAAUCGAGUUAAGAUUGGACAAUAUAUUUGUUGUUGUUGUUUUAAGCGAAAAGAACACAGAAUAAGUGAUAGACAGAGAAACCAAGUGAAUAACAACAACUCAACUAUGGCACUUGAAUGGGAUGAUUCAAAACUUGACAAAGAUGUUCGAGAUGAACGUCGAAUGAUUCUUAAUAACAGAGCAUUAUUUACAUCAACUGUUGUACUUGUUCGAGACCUUGUUCAACAAUUCAAGAAACGAAAAAGAAAAUUACUUUUUUCACCUUAUUUUACAGCAGUUGAUCAUCUUAAUUUUUAUGUACCAAAACAAUCAUGUUUUGGUCUGUUAGGUGCUAAUGGAGCCGGCAAGACCACAACAUUUCGAAUGUUAAUCAAUGAUAUUCAACCUACUGCAGGAGAAAUACUUAUUAAUGGGAAAAAUAUCAACCAGACAAAACGAGACAUCGAGAUGGGCUUUUGUCCACAAUUUGAUUGGCUUAUUGAAGAUCUAAAUGUUGUCGAAACAUUAACGUUAUUUGCAAGAUUGAAAGGUUUAUCAACAGCAGAAAUUCCAAUCACUUGCAAUGACAUGAUAGAAUUAUUUGGUCUGGAACCUUAUCGAGAGUGUGAAGUGCAAAAUCUCAGUGGUGGCAACAAACGAAAAGUGAGUGCUGCUGUAGCAUUCAUGGCUAAUCCAUCGUUAAUCUUUUUGGAUGAACCAACAACGGGUUUGGAUGCUGGUGCAAAACGUAAACUAUGGAGUGUGAUUCGAGCUGCUCGCGACGCCGAAAUCGGCAUUAUGAAAUCGGGACAAUUUGUUUGUCUCGGUAAUCUUCAACAUUUAAAGAAUCGGUUCGGUAAAGGCUAUGCAGUUCAAGUGAAAGUAUCUCAUGAGAAAAUGAAGGAAUUUCAACAGGAACUUACUAGAAUUUUGCCAGGAAUCGAAAUUGAAGAUGAACAAAAUGGUGUACUUUUUUGUAAUGUACCAUUUGCAUCAUCGCCAUCAAACAGCAUACAAAGUACAACAUGUUCAUCUAAUUUAUCACUUGUAUUUGAAGUACUCAAUGCAAAAAAAGAACAAAAUAUUAUUGAAAGUUACUCAGUAACUCAAACAACACUGGAACAAAUUUUUGUCCGAUUAGCUGGUCAUGAUAUAAAUAAUGAUGAUACUUUAACUGAGAUUGCUUCUGUUUCAUCUCAACCUAAUUCGAAUGCCGAGGCUGUCAAUCAGGGUAUGUAUUAUUCCAUAAGUCUCAUAUGA